UUGUCCAACUUCUAAGGCAAAUUCGAGUUCUCUAGCUGUCUCUGUGUGUGUCACUUGUUGAGUAUACAAUAAAAAGAUCAAAAAUAAUUUUAGCGUAUUGAAAAAGCUAGUAACUCUCUUAAGGUACAUUUCCGAUACACAGAGUUUUUAAAGACUUUCCUGAAUAUGCUGUAAACGAAAGUUUAACGUUGGAAACCAGGAAAAAUAAAUAUUUGAGUGAGCAUCACCUACACAUGCUUAUUUAGGAAAGGAUAAAGAUCCUUUUGGAAGAAGAAAAACACCCUUAUUGAGAAUUGCAGCAAAUAAGCAAACAAGGUAUUUUCAGGAUGAUCUUAUUAUGCCAAAUGGUACAUUUCAUUUUAUUUGCCUCUGUUUCUGGUGGGAUGUGGGAUAAGACAAUAUCUGCUGUCACCUUAAACAUUGUCCUGGAGAACCCGGUCGGCACAGUGAGGAGGAAAGAAGAAAUAAAAGAAUGUGUGACAAGGCUGUUCAAAGACUCCUACUUUCAAGGAGGAGAUAUUGCUACUGUGUUUACACCAAGUGCCAAGUACUGUCAAGUGGUCUGCACCCAGCACCCAAGAUGUUUGCUCUUCACGUUUAUGUCUGAAACGUCAGCUGAGGAUCCUACUCAAUGGUUUACCUGUGUCCUAAAAGACAGUGUCACAGAAACACUGCCAAGGGUGAAUAACACAGGAGCGAUUUCUGGAUAUUCUUUCAAGCAAUGCCCGCACCAAUUAAGUGCUUGCCACAAAGAUAUUUAUGUGGACCUGGACAUGAAAGGAAUAAACUAUAAUGACUCUAUUGCCAAGAAUGCUCGAGAAUGCCAAGAGAGAUGCACAAAUGACAUCCACUGUCACUUUUUCACAUAUGCAGCAAGGGAUUUUCCCAGCGAAGAGCAUCGUAAUAUUUGUCUGUUGAAGUACACCCAAACAGGGACACCAACCAAAAUAACGAAGCUCCGCAAUGUGGCAUCUGGCUUUUCAUUGAAAUCCUGUGCGCUUUCUAACCUGGGUUGUAUUAGGGACAUCUUCCCUAGUACGGUGCUUGCAGACAGCAACAUCGACAGUAUUUUGACUCCGGAUGUUUUUGUCUGCCAACGCAUUUGUACUCAUCAUCCCAAUUGUUUGUUUUUUACCUUCUUUUCCCAGGAAUGGCCAAAAGAAUCUCAAAGAAAUCUUUGUCUCCUUAAAACAUCUGAAAGUGGAUUACCAAGUACUCGCAUCACAAAAAGCAAAGCUCUCUCUGGUUUCAGUCUACAAACUUGCAAGCACAGCAUCCCAGUCCUCUGUCAUUCUUCAUUUUACCAUGACACUGACUUCUUGGGAGAAGAACUGGACAUUGUAGAAGUGAAAGGUCAUGAAGCCUGCCAGAAAAUGUGCACCAACACCAUUCGCUGCCAGUUUUUCACCUACUUCCCACCUCAAGAAUCUUACCGUGAAAGGAAGGGCAAAUGUUACUUAAAACUUUCUUUCAAUGGAUCUCCAACUAAAAUACUUCAUGGAAGAGGAGGCAUCUCUGGAUAUACACUAAGGUUAUGUAAAAUGGAUAAUGAGUGCACAACCAAAAUCAAACCCAGAAUUGUUGGAGGAACUGCAUCUGUUCGAGGUGAGUGGCCAUGGCAAGUGACACUACAGAUCAUGUCACCCACCCAGAGACACCUCUGUGGAGGCUCCAUCAUUGGAAACCAGUGGAUAUUAACGGCUGCACAUUGCUUCUUUGGUGUAGAGUCACCUAAAAUUCUGCGUGUCUAUGGUGGCAUUGUAAAUCAAUCUGAAAUAAAUGAGAGUAAGUCUUUUUUUGGAGUUCAAGAAAUAAUAAUUCAUGAUCAGUAUGAAAUGGCAGAAAGUGGAUACGAUAUUGCCUUGUUGAAACUGGAAACAACCAUGAACUACACAGACUUGCAACGGCCCAUAUGCCUACCUUCCAAAGGAGAUAGAAACGUAAUAUAUACUGACUGCUGGGUGACUGGAUGGGGGUACAGAAAACUAAGAGACAAAAUACAAAACACUCUUCAAAAAGCCAGGGUACCUUUGGUGUCAAAUGAAGAAUGCCAGACAAGAUACAGAGGGCAUAAAAUAACCAAUAAGAUGAUCUGCGCAGGCUAUAAAGAAGGAGGGAAGGAUGCUUGUAAGGGAGACUCCGGGGGGCCCCUGUCCUGCAAGCACAAUGAGGUCUGGGUUUUGGUGGGCAUCACGAGCUGGGGUGAAGGCUGUGCUCAAAGGGAACGACCAGGCAUUUACACCAACGUGGCCAAGUAUGUGGACUGGAUUUUGGAGAAAACUCAAGCAGCAUGAAGGAGUUUCCAGGUGCCUUUGGCCCCCUGAAUGACAUGCCAGAUUGCUUCCUGGAAGAGGGAAGAGGGUGUUGCUACCCCUGAAGAAGAUACGGUGACAGCAUGUUUCUUCCACAGUCAAAAGUCCAAUAGGCGUGGUAUUUGCAAGAAUGUACCCCAGGGAAAACAAACCGUCAUUUUUAAAACUCCCAUUCUUGGAUAAUCACAACUGUUUCCAGCAUCAAGUUUCUUGCUUUCUGAUCAGACUUUCAUUCAGUCAAAGAAAUACUAUUUUUGAAGAUUAUAAUAUGGCAGAUAUAUUAGAAAAAUAUCAAGUACUGGCACCAAGAGAUUAGGUAGGAGGACUGCUAAAAGAAACCACCCCAAAAAAAGAUUCAUUAAAAGAAAGUGGAAACUGGAAGAAAUGGUGACAAGGACAGUCCCCAUCAAUUUGCAGGAAUCUGUACUCUGCCUACAUUAACAUGUUUCUGCUAUAAAGAAUUAUAUGAAUUCACUGACAGUUUUUUAGAAUGGUCAGAAAUUCUUGUCUUUUCGAUGUUUAAUAUAUAUGUAUUUCAAAUCGAGUUGGGUAGGCACAAACUACAGAGGAAUGUGAAUGAAGACUCCAGAAUUUCUCCGUGAGAGAGGACAGGGUACAGCAAUUUACCUGGAAGAGACACCUUUAGUGGACAAAUCUUAAAGAUGUACUUGCCUGGAAAACUAUUUGUGCAUAGAUGGUAGAUUUAAUGGCAGCAUUAUAGGAGGGGGAGGCUGAUGGAAAUGAGGGAAGCCAGCCACCCCCAGCCCCAAGGAAAAGCAGCCUUGGACAGAAAUUAAUAUAAAUUGCAUCGAUACUACAGGUAAAAACAAUCUGGAGCAAAUGGAUGAUUAUAGUACAGUCCCUGUAUUCUAAAUAGUGGGGUCUUCUCUUUCCUGUAAGUAUUUAAAAUUGUACAAUUGCUGUUCUGGAAUAAUUUAAUAACCUAGAAUUUGAAUGGCUUUUGAUUUGUAUUAAUAGCUAGACAACUCAUCCAAUAAGAAAAGUAUUUAUUGAAAACAAUUAUGUGAUAAUAUCAUCCUGAACUUUGGGGAUACAGGGUGAGUGAUUUGUUCCUAGUUUUAUGAAGUUUACUGUCUACUGAGCAACAAAAUAAAAUACAUACAAUUUGUAAUUUUAAACCGAAUUAGAAGGAUGCACCAGGUUUUAUGAGAUGAGAAAGCAAGACAGGCACUUGGAGAAAGCUCAAGAUCAGGAUAAAAAGGAUGUGUUCCUGAGGAAGAUAGAACAACAGCAAACCAUGUAACAUAAGAUAUUACUUCCAUUAUAACAAAGUAAUGUUUUUUUUACAGGAGGGGAAAAAAAAAAAAAAAGACAAAUCAGCUUCAAGUAUUUUCGAUUCAUUUCUCCAUUUUCCCACUAGAUGGCACUUUUAUACCUCUGUUAAAUUUUAAAGCAGCAUGUGAGCAGAGCCCAUUUAAUUUAUAUGUUGAAACAAAUUCUAUGUAUAUGUAAUAUCUGGGAACAUUAAAUCAAAUCAACCACUUCAA